CAUGUUUAAGUAUUUGCUAAUUCUACUUUCGCUGUGGCUGCAUAUCAAGUAUACGCAUAAUGCACCAGCUACGCGCAUGGAAACAGAUCCUGAGCUGACUGCAGCCUACUACGAGGGCGACAUGAUGCUCAGCACAGCACAAAGAAAUGGCCUAAUAGCAAACACCUAUCGCUGGCCCGAACGCAUUGUCUAUUAUCGAUUCAGCAGUAACAUUGAUCAGCAGCACAGAGCUCACAUCUUGCUGGGCAUGAAGCAAAUCGAGCUGAGCUCUUGUUUGACAUUUAAAGCAGCGUCCAAGCAGCAGCCCUACUAUGUGAACGUCACCGCCGAGUCGGGUGGUUGCUACUCCGCCGUUGGCUUUAGAAAUCGCGUGCAGCAGGUCAACUUGGAGACGUAUCCAAUCGAUACGGGCUGCUAUCGUCUGGGCUCUAUAAUGCAUGAAUUGCUGCAUGCCCUGGGCUUUUAUCAUCAGCAGAGCGCUGCCGAUCGAGACGAUUAUGUGCGCGUGGCCUAUGAGAAUGUUAUCGAUGGCAAGGAGCGCAACUUUCAGAAAUAUGAUGACAAUACGGUGGAUAACUUUGAUCAGCCCUAUGACUAUGGCAGCGUCAUGCACUAUACGCCCUAUGGCUUUUCCAAGAAUGGCGAAAUGACACUCGUGCCGCUGGACGCAAAGGCGGCGGCAAUAAUGGGGCAACGGCUGCAAAUGAGUCAGGCGGAUAUCAACAAGUUGAAUGUAAUGUACAAGUGUCCAAAGCUUGUGUGAUAAGUAGUUUUUAAUUAAGUCGUAAAUCGUUUUGAUAAAAAUAGGGAAUAUAAAAAUAAUGGUUUUUGAAUUGCUGCAGGCGCCUGAAAGUUUGCUGCGAUAUUUGAAAAACUUAUACG